AUGCGCGCCGUAUUCCAGCGGGUGUCGUCCGCCCGCGUCGAGGUGCGUGCGCAUGCCGCUGCCAUGCCCGCCGAUAGCUCCCCUCUUCCCUCCGCUUCCGCUUCCGCGUACCUUCCUUUCCAGCACUUGACGGUCGUCUCUUCCUCAUCCCCUUCCCCACGUCCCGUCUCUCCCGCCCUCCCCCUCCCCACCGCAUCCGCCAACCUCCGCCGCCCAUCCGUCCGCGCGACCCCUUCCCCCUUCCCGUGUGCGGCAUGCGGGGCGCGCGCAGGUGGAGGGGCGCGUGGUGGCGGAGAUCGGCGCGGGGCUGUGCGUGCUGGUGGGGGUGAUGGCGGGGGACGGCGAGCAGGACUGCGACUACAUGUGUCGCAACGAGGCUACGAGGUGCUGCUAGUGAGUCAGUUCACGCUGUACGGCCAGCCCAAGGGCAACAAGCUCGACUUCCACGUGGCCAUGCCGCCGCAGGAGGCCAGCGCCUUCUAUGACUCUUUUGUGCACCGCGUGCGCCGCGCAUACCACGCCGACCGAGUCAAAGACGGCAUCUUUGGCGCCAUGAUGGAGGUGCACAUAGCCAACAGCGGCCCCGUCACUCUCUUCCUCGACUCGCGCAAGCAGUCAGGCACAGAUGGCAAUGGGGCCAAUGCGGGCAAUGCGGGAAAUGGGAGCAAUGGGAGUGAUGAGGGGAAGGAGGGGCAAUGA